CAUUUUCCAUGGUCUUAAAUAUUUCACAAGGCGCACGUUAGUACUUAUCAUUUCAGCAAAAUUUCCAAGAUUAUUAUAUGGCGGAGAUCCCUUUUGAUGAAACAGCAAACCCAUGUUGAGUUAGAUUGAUAAAGACCCAUAAAGUCGCAAACUUGGCUUGAAAUUCGACCCGACCCGGCUGAAAUUCUUGAGUUUUGCAGGAUUGGCACCAAAAAAAGAUAAACAAGAAUGGACUCCAUUUUAACAUAUAGUAGUAAUGUCAUUAACCCUGAGUUAGUGUGUUUUCAUGAGGGUACCACCUCUGAUGCCAAGGAUAUGGGAGAAAUAGGAACCUCUAUGGAGAUUUUGACUAAAGUUGAUCUAGAAUUAGCAUAUGCAUCAGAGAAGUUACUCAAUUUGGAAAGUCUUUUAUUGUACAUAUUAUCAUGGGAAAACGACUUUGAAGCAAUGGCUGCUGAUGAUGUCUCAGUAGAAUUCAUUGAGAAGUCUUUGAAAAUCGAUCUUUUAUUUAGUUUCUUGGAUUCUGAGGUCAAAGAACUUGACGGGUCAAUGGAUUCCAUUCGAGUUGACCUUGUUGAUGCUCAUCAAAGAUCGUCUUCUUGUAAACAUCUAGGAGAAUUGUUCUCCAUUGUUGAAAAGAAAUUGCACGAUUCUGAAGAUUCUUUGAAGCAAUCACAAGAAUAUGUUCUUGAGAUGAAGAUGAAGUUGGCCAAACUUCAAAUGACAUCAUUAGCUUUCAAUAACAAUGAAUGUUUCUCAGGAGAUUUUCGAGUUUUGGACGUUGAAGUAAAGCCAAGACUACAAACAAUAGAUAAAGUACAUGUUCUUAGAAUGCUGGAGAAAUCUUUGUCAAGAGAGCUUGAUCUGGAGAAGAAACUAACAGAAUCGAAACAAGAUGAAGAAGAUUUGAAACUAAAGUUACGGUUAACAGAACAAGUAGCAUUCAUUAUGGAAGAAGCAGCUGAGGUUGUUUGGGGUCGGUUUUUGGAGGCAGAAAAUGCUGCCGUUGUUCUAAUGGGAGUUUCAAGAGAUUUGGUAGCUGGACAUCAACUCGUCCAAUUCAAUCUCAAUGGUAUUAAUCAAAGAGAAGAUGGAUUUAGAUUGAAGCUCGAAAACUGCAUCAAACUGUUGAAUGCAAAAGACGCUUCGAUAGAAAAACUUAAUAGCAGAAUCACACAGCUUGUUGCAGAUAAUCUUGAAGUGUCAAGUUUGAGGGAAAAAGUCAAAGUUUUAGAAGAAAAGGUCAAUGAGUCCGAAUCUAACCUAAGAAAGGCAAAUGCAUCAAACGACUCGAUUGAAGAGCGUGUAAUGGAAAUGGAAAGCAUGAUAGAAUCGUUAAAAGAAGAUGUUUACUCGGCAGAAAACAGGGCUGAAACCGCAGAAGGGAAAGUAGCUGAAUUAACUGAUUCGAACAUUGAGUUAAGUGAGGAAUUGGGAUUUCUUAAAGGAAGCCAUGAAACCAGUUCUAAGAAGAUGAGUUUACUUGAAAAGCAAUCGAGAGAAUUGGAGCUCCAGUUGCAGAAUGCAAAAGUAUCCUCCGAAGCUGGUCAAGAACAGCAAAACAUGCUUUAUUCUGCAAUUUGGGACAUGGAGACUUUGAUUGAUGAAUUGAAGCAAAAGGUUUCAACAGCUGAAGGUAGGGCCGAGAAUGCUGAAGAACAGUGUUUGUUGUUGACUGAUACUACCUCGGAAUUGACCAAAGAGGUUGAAUUUUUGAAAGCUGAAGUUGAAUCACUUGAAACAUCUUUGAUUCGUGCUAAUCUUGAUAAAAUGGCUAGUGCAAAAGAUAUCAGCAUUAAAACUAAGCUUAUUAUGGAUACAGUCAAUCAACUUGCCACAGAGCGCGAACGGAUAGCAAAGCAGUUGCAUUCUCAAACAGAGGAGAAACGGAUUUUGAUGGACGCACUGCAAAAAAUCAAUAAGGAUGUAUUCACAACUAUGUAUAAAAAAGAUAUAAUUCAUGAUACAACUUCAAUAUUUCCGAAUCAUGGACUAAAGAAAGCCACAUCGAGCGAAAAGUUACAACAAAACUUAAUAAAGGUUGAAGAGAUACAAGUUUUGGAUGAUACUUCUAUACAUGACCCUGAACCAGAGUCAUCCAUUACUGAUUCUAACCCGAGUCUGGAUGAAGUAGAACUGGAAGAACCUCAACCUAGAACUAAAAGAAGGCUAGUGCUUAGAGCAAUCUGUGUGUUACUGGUUUCGGUGUUGACAGCAUUCUUCAUGGACUGGAAACAGGUGGUUUUAAUGUUUUGGUUAGGAACAUUUAUUUUGUCUGUAACAUGUUGUUUUGUGUGACAUUUAUUUGAUUUGUGUAUAUGUUAGAUUUCUUUGUUGAUUGUGUAUAUAUUGUACAUUUACUUUAUUA